GUAACAAAACACCAAUAAACAUGGCGACCAAAUCUUUGACAGUUGAGACAAAUUCUUGAGUUUUGUACGAGUUGAUUUAGCUGUAUGUCAUCGGCUACUAUCCUCAAUAUUGAACAUGUCAACGGCUGGAUGGAAGUUUGGUUGGAAAAGAAAAAUCAGCUCAAAAGUAUCAGCAGAUGCGUCGGUGGCAUUUUCAACUGAUGCUAAGGACCAACAGGAGGACUUUAACAACGAGGAUAUUGAUUGGCUCUCUGCCACGAAAAGCAGGAAGUUAGCAUGCUUGGAGGAUGCAGAUGCUAAGAGUAACAGACUAAAAGAUGAAGGGACACUUUUAGCCGAGUCUGAGAGAUACUGGGAAGCAAUAAAAAAGUGGGACGAAGCAUUACAGUAUUCCCCAAAAAAUGCAAAAAUUCUUGAGAUGAAAGCACAGGCACUGAUGAUACUGUGUGAAGUGUUCCCGGCCGUGAAAACAGCCAGACAAGUUGUGGAGCUUAGUCCUAACUGGUGGGUGGGUCAUCAGACACUGGGCAGGACCCAGCUUAACCUAGGUGAGGUAUCAGCCAGACUUGUUGUGAAGCUUAGUCCUAACUGGUGGGUGGGUCAUCAGACACUGGGCAGGACCCAGCUUAACCUAGGCGAGGUAAGACAGGCUGUUAUUAGCUUUUCAAAGGCUGUUCAUCUCAAUCCUGUGAAUUCAGAAUUAUGGAAAGAGGAUUUACUCUGGGCUUGUUCUUUACUGACGAGAAAAAUAAACUGUCUUGACCCUGAGAAAACGCCCAUCCAGUCUCUUGUAAAAGGCGCUACUGUGACAGAGCUAGACACCACAAACUCUUUGAUUGAGAAUUCAUGUGACUCUGUUGCUGAAGAAGCUAAUGUUGUGUCAUCAUAUGUGUCUGAUCCCAGCCACUUACAACAGGAUGUACAAAGAUCAUUGAAAACAUUGCCUGCCAAUUAUGUGCUUAUGAGAGACUGACUUAAUUCUAUGUUUAUAUGUCACAUCCUUUUUUAUUACUAAUAAAAAUGUUUCAAAUUUUAUGUUA